GCUCGGUCUUUCGCGGCGGCUCCUCCCACCAUCCCGCAACAAGGCGCCGAAAGUGCAGGAAGGUGCCCGGGGCGGAGAAAGGUGCCGAGCACGUUCGCGCGUUGCUCGACGGCUAGGCAUGGCGGGCUACUCCCGGGACAGCCGCUUUCGGUCCAGCCGCGCCACCACGCGGGGCUACGGCCGGGAUUCCGUCGAGUACGUUCCGGUGGGGCUGCCCCCGCGCAGCCUCCUUGACCAACUGGUAGUCGACAUGCAGAACCACCUGGAGGAGAUGGAGAAGAUGCGCGUCGUGCUGGUGGACGCCUACCCGUGCCUCUCCUCGUGGGGGAGCGGCGGCGGCCGAAAGACCCGCGGCUGGAAACUCGACGGGAAAGAGGACGACGACGAUGACGGUACCAGCAACUAUCGGUUCUGCCUGGACGUGGCCGGCUUCGCCCCGGAGGAGCUGGGGGUGAAGGUAGAAGGGAGGAAGCUGACGGUGAGCGCGAAGCACGACAAGAAAACGGAGGGGGCGGACGGUUGCGUCUCCCACGAGUACCGCGAGGUGCGCAAGGAGAUCCUCCUGCCGGGCGACGCCAACCUCGAAGCGCUGGUGUGCAAUUUUUCCCCCGAAGUGGGGCGCCUUCGCAUCGAGGCCCCGCGCCUGGCUCUUCAGUCCACCGAGGAGAGGACCAUCCCCAUCACCAUCUGCCGGGAGCCCGACUCGGUUGGUCCCAGCCUCCCGCCAGGGAAGGAGACGACCCCCGCUACCACCCCCGAGAAGAGAGCUGCCGUCUGAGAGGGAGCUGGCCGGCUAGCCCGGCUGAAGCUUCUUGCUACCCUACUCGCCAGGGAUGUUGUGAAUAUGUUUUGCGCCUCUUGGCGGAGCGCUGAGGCUGGUUGCUGUAAGACCACUUUUUGUCCAUUUUCAGCGCAGUUAAAAGAUAAAGGGACCUACGCGAAAAAGUGCAAAGAUUCUCUGGCGUGCCUUCUGACGCCGUUGCUGUUGACGUUUAAUAAUAAAAGUUGAAAACCAUUUUUGUUCUUGCUGACGUUUGUCUUUAAAAAGUGAAUGUAAAAGUUUGUUGGCUCAUUUCAAUAAAGGAACCUUUUUGUA